UUUAGUUAGUCUUCCGUAAUGGGCAGUUUAUCAUGAAACUUAAAAGAGAAGGUAGUUCCAGAACAAACUUAAGUGAAUCAAAACAAAUAUGGGUCAUCAACGCAAAAGAACGAUUUAAUGUUUUAUGUGUGGGUACUGUUUUUCGCCAGAGUGGUCUGACUGUGGUGGUUGGUGGUGAAGAUGGUGUUAUCAGAAUAUACGAGUUGUCAGCUAGUGGGACUCCAGUCAGUGGUGGGCCUCAGCUGACACUAGAAACUAAAAGUGGGCCGGUACAGACGAUGACGAUACAUGACAUCACUAAGUUCUACCACAAAGACCUCAUUGUUGGCGACUCGAAAGGCAUUUUGACAAUAUUUUGUAAUCAGCAGAUUCUUAGUCGUCAGAGUGUGUCUGGCAACAGCAUCAAUUGUCUACAAGUGAGCCACGACUCAGUUGGUUCUAUCAGCAUAAUCACAAGCAAUGACUCUGGAGUGAUCAGUGCUGUGCUUCCGUCCUGUGAUCUCUGGCGGAUUAAUCUCAAUAACACACAACUCAGAAGGAGUCCUGCAUUAAGUGUGAACGUCCAGUGUUUGUUAACGACAAACUUGACAGAUCAGAGUGGGAAAACCUGCAACUAUGUCAUUGCUGCUGAUGACACCCAACACAUCCAUGUGAUACUUCAGGGCUCCAUUGUCAUGACGAUGAAAGUUCCAGCUGUAGUAACAGCAAUGACACAAGGCAAGUUUGUACCAGCAAGCAAAGUGGGUUCCACACCGCAGGUGAAUGAGAAUGUUAGUUUUAAAGAUGGCCAACAGGUGGCUCUGGGCACAGCUACAGGUGCAGUUUACAUCUUGUAUAACUUUGCUGUAACACUGGAUGAGUUUACACAUGCCCAGUGCCCAGUCACCCGCUUAGCCACUGUGCCACAGCCUGAUGCAAAUACAGACAUUCUAGCUUGUGCUGGACACUUCAAUGCAGUUACAUUUUACCAAGAUGGAAAGGCCAUCUCAUCCUACACCACAGAUGACUGGGUAAACACAAUUGAUGUGGCUGAUCUGGAUAACGAUGGUGUUCAAGAAGUCAUUAUUGGUUGUCUGGACAAUAGUAUUCAUGCAGUCAAGAUAUUAACAUGAUUGCCGCCAAAAAGAGAUGAAGUCAAGAAUCAGUGGUUUCUAUACUAUUUACAGCAUUAUCUUCAGGAAAACCAUUUGAAAAACUGGGUCUGUCUUGGACAGGUGUGCUUGAACAGUUCUCUGAUGGAAGCAUGCCAAAAAUUACCCACACACAUAAAAUCGAACAUAUGAUAUGUGGAGAUAGAUCCUUGCUGAAUUAAGCGAUUUAAACACAUGUAAUGAUGAAAGUGACUAAACAACAGAACAGUUGUCAUGUUCACUAGUAUACUACUUACCAAACACAAAGUAUUAAAAUUAUACUGUCUCACAGGACAGGAUCUAGCUCAGUCGUUAAAUGGUGCUCGUCAGAAGAUCUUUGAUCACAGGAUCGAACCCUCUCGAAGGACACAAUGUUUGAGUGUUUUGUCCCAACCAAUAGACCACAAAUGGUAUAUUAAAGGUAGUGGUAGGAAAGUGCAUAUAAAGGAUCCCUUGUAGCAAUGCUAAUGGAAAAAUGGAAAAGUUUUACUCUAAGACUGUGUUUCAGAACUGUCAAAGUGCUUAACAUCUAACAGCCAAUGAUUAAAAAAGAAACACUUUAUACAUGCUUACAUGCACAGAAAAAAGCAUUUCUUUGUUCAGAAGUUGCUGGACAUUGUAGAAAAUAAUGUGAUUAUUCAUUGCAACAAAACUAAUUUUGCCAAGUUUUAUAUGAAAAAAUACAUUUAGCAACGAUUUUGCUGAAAAUAUAUACAUCUGAUGUUGUGAAGACAGCUUUUGGCUUGAAACAAAAUUAAUCAUAUCAGUCCCAAGUUGAAACCAUCAACAUUGUUGGGAAUUAUUUCUUGAUGAAGAAUACAAGAAUCCAUAUUUGGCUAUGUUUGAUAGAAAAAGUGGUGGAAAUUUCAAUAUUUUAUGAGGCUUGCCAAGUUCAAGGGUUGAAAUAAAUUAUUAAUUUACACAAAGGGACAAAUAUGGCUGAAAAAGUAACUUUUUUUGUAUUUUGUCAUAAAUAAACUAUUGUCAUA